CCUUGAUCUUGGCAGGAACCAUGUGGAUGUUGCCGCGUAAAAAGCGAAACUAAAGCCUCAACAAAAAAGUGGGAAAAAUCUGAAAUAGACCGAUUUUGGAAAGCGGCUGAGCUGGCAGUUCUGGAGGCUGUGCAGAGAAGCUGAUGUAUAAAAGCAAGUCGUCACCGACGAUCAGUUUCAGAACCUCAGGCGACUUGGAGUAGCAUCAACGGAUCCAAUUGGGAAUUGUGUUGUUUAAACAAAUCGAAAACGGAAAAGUAAAACAAAAAACAAACAGAACGUGAAAAGUGCAAAUAGAAAAUGGAUGCCAAGGAGUUUCGGGAAUUCGGCAGUGCGGCCCUUGACUUUAUGGCCGACUAUCUGGAGAAUAUUCGGGAUAACGAGGUGCUGCCCAGUGUGGAGCCGGGCUAUCUUCUGGACCUGCUGCCCACAGAGAUGCCGGACAAGCCCGAGUCGUGGAAAGAAGUCCUUGGGGACAUCAAUCGCGUGAUCAAGCCGGGUCUCACCCACUGGCAAUCGCCCAAUAUGCAUGCAUAUUAUCCCUCUAGCACAUCAUAUCCCUCCAUUGUGGGUGAGAUGCUGGCCGGUGGGUUCGGCAUCAUCGGAUUCAGCUGGAUCUGUAGUCCCGCCUGCACGGAACUGGAAAUGGUGGUCAUGGACUGGCUGGCCAAGUUCCUGAAGCUGCCCGCCCACUUUCUACACGCCAGCGAGGGACCCGGUGGCGGUAUUAUCCAAGGAUCGGCCAGCGAGUCGGCUCUGGUGGCUGUCCUGGCUGCCCGGGAACAGGCUGUGGUCAGCUACAGGGAAUCGCAUCCGGAGGUCAGCGAAAGCGAGGUACGAGGUCGCUUGGUGGCCUACUCCUCGGAUCAGAGUAACAGCUGCAUUGAGAGGGCUGGUGUUUUGGCGGCCGUGCCCAUGAGGCUGCUCCCAGCUGGAGAGGAUUUCGUACUCAGAGGAGAGACCCUGAAGCAGGCCAUCGAGGAAGAUGUGGCGGCUGGCAAGAUUCCAUUAAUCUGCAUUGCCACACUGGGCACCACGGGCACUUGUGCCUAUGACGAUAUCGAGACCUUGUCCGCCGUCUGCGAGGAAUUCAAGGUGUGGCUUCAUGUGGAUGCCGCCUAUGCGGGCGGAGCCUUUGCCCUGGACGAAUGCUCGGAUCUGCGAAAGGGUUUGGAUCGUGUGGACUCGCUGAACUUCAAUCUGCACAAGUUCAUGCUGGUCAACUUCGAUUGCACGGCCAUGUGGCUGCGGGAUGCCAACAAGGUGGUCGAUAGCUUCAAUGUGGAUCGCAUAUAUCUGAAGCACAAGCGCGAGGGACAGUCGCAAAUACCCGAUUUCCGGCAUUGGCAAAUUCCACUGGGUCGUCGCUUCCGAGCUCUGAAAGUUUGGAUCACAUUCCGGACUUUCGGUGCCGAGGGCUUGAGGAAUCAUGUCCGGAAACACAUCAAGUUGGGCAAACACUUUGAGCAACUGGUGAUCAAGGAUUCCCGCUUCGAGCUGGUGGCUCCCCGAGCUCUGGGAUUGGUUUGCUUCCGUCCAAAAGGUGAUAAUGAGAUUACGACCCAGCUCUUGCAGCGUCUCAUGGAUCGCAAGAAGAUCUAUAUGGUUAGGGCCGAGCAUGCGGGUCGUCAGUUCCUAAGAUUCGCUGUAUGCGGAAUAGAUCCCAAAGCAUCCGACAUUGAUUUCGCCUGGGAGGAGAUCGAAUCCCAAUUGACGGAUCUGCAGAAGGAGCAAUCACUGAUCAUUCGCAAGGCGGGAUAAAUGGCCGA